AUGCCCCAUUACAAGCUCACCUACUUCGACCUGCGCGGACUUGGAGAGACCGCCCGCCAGCUCUUCGCCCUGGCCAAGGUCGAGUUCGAGGACAACCGCGUUCAGCGUGAGAACUGGCCUGAGCUGAAGCCAAAGACCCCCUUCGGUCAGAUGCCAAUCUUGGAGGUCGACGGCAAGCAGCUCGCCCAAUCCAAGGCCAUCUACCGCUACUUGGGCAAGACUUUUGGAUUCGCCGGCGCCAACGACUGGGAAUCCGCCCAGAUCGACUCGUGGGCCGACCAGUUCCAAGACUACGCCACGGCUCUCCGCCCGUACUUCAUCGUCUUGGCCGGGUUCGCCGAGGGGGACAAGGACAAGCUGUACAAGGAGGUGGCCGAGCCGGCUCGUGAUCAACAUCUGCCCCUCAUCGUCAAGCAGCUCAAGGCGAAUGGAUCUGGAUUCUUGGUCGGCUCGAAGGUCUCCUGGGUGGACGUCUCCCUGGCCUCCCACUUCGAGACGUUCCUCUCGUUCGUCCCUAAUUACUUGGAGAAGUACCCGGAAGUGGCCGCCUACGUGAAGAAGGUGCACGAGAUCCCCGAGCUGAAGAAGUGGAUCGAGACCCGCCCCGAGAACCCCUUC